CGGCUCCCCAUUCUCCCAGCCCCGGGUCGCCUCUUCUACAGCCGCUGUCGCUGCGCCUACCCGGAGGUCGUCCGCGCCCACCAUGCGGGCUCAGCUCUGGUUGCUGCAGCUGCUGCUACUCUGCGGGACCGCGCGCGCGCUCAGUCCCGCAACCCCCGCAGGUCACCAUGAAAGGCAAGGCUCUGCAUGGACUGCCAAGAGGACCAGGCAAGGCUGGAAUCGGAGGGUCCGAGAGAGCCCUGAGCAGGUGUUAAAGCCAGGCAAGACCCAGCUGAGCCAGGACCUGGGUGGAGACUCCCUGGCCAUCGACACACUUCCGGACAACAGGACUAGGGUGGUGGCUCUGUCUCUUUCCCUGCAGGAGGAUAACCAUAACUACUAUGUGUCCCGUGUCUAUGGCCCCGGUGAGCAACGAACCAGAGAUCUGUGGGUAGACCUGAGUGUAGCCAACCGGAGCCACGUGAAGGUCCACAGGAUCCUCUCAAGUUCUCACCGACAGGCUUCGAGAGUGGUCUUGUCCUUUGAUUUCCCUUUCUAUGGGCAUCCUUUGCGGCAGAUCACCAUAGCAACCGGAGGCUUCAUCUUCAUGGGGGACGUCCUCCACCGGAUGCUCACAGCUACUCAGUAUGUGGCACCCCUGAUGGCCAACUUCAACCCUGGCUACUCAGACAACUCCACAGUCGCUUACUUUGAUAAUGGGACCGUGUUUGUGGUUCAGUGGGACCACGUUUACCUCCAGGGCCGGGAAGACAGGGGUAGCUUCACCUUCCAGGCAGCCCUUCACCAAGAUGGCCGCAUUGUCUUUGGCUACAAAGAGAUCCCCAUGGCUGUCCUGGACAUCAGCUCUGCCCAGCACCCCGUCAAAGCAGGCCUGUCUGAUGCUUUCAUGAUUCUCAAUUCAUCGCCAGAGGUGCCAGAGUCUCGGAGACGGACCAUCUUCGAAUACCACCGUGUGGAACUGGACUCCAGCAAGAUCACCACCACCUCGGCCGUGGAGUUCACCCCAUUGCCAACCUGCCUCCAGCAUCAGAGUUGCGACUCUUGCAUGUCCUCGAACCUGACCUUCAACUGCAGCUGGUGCCAUGUCCUGCAGAGAUGUUCCAGUGGCUUUGACCGCUACCGCCAAGAAUGGCUGACCUACGGCUGUGCCCAGGAGGCAGAAGGCAAGACAUGCGAGGACUUCCAAGAUGAGGGCCACUACUCAGCCUCCCCCGACAGCUCCUUCGGCCCCUCUGAUGGCGGCUCCACCACCUCUUCCUCCCUCUUCAUCGACAGCCUCACCACAGAAGAUGACACCAAGUUGAAUCCCUAUGCAGAAGGAGACGGCCUUCCAGACAACUCGUCCCCAAAGACCAAGGGUCCGCCCGUGCACCUGGGCACCAUCGUGGGCAUCGUGCUAGCUGUGCUCCUGGUAGCGGCCAUCAUCCUGGCUGGGAUUUACAUCAGCGGCCACCCUAACUCCAAUGCCGCACUCUUCUUCAUCGAGCGGCGACCUCACCACUGGCCAGCCAUGAAGUUCCACAACCACCCCAACCACUCCACCUACACAGAGGUGGAGCCCUCCGGCCAUGAGAAGGAGGGCUUUGUGGAGGCAGAGCAGUGCUGAGAGCACCAGGCCAAAGACCUGGGGAUGGCGUGAAAGACAAGUCACAGCAAAGAGAAGCGAUUGUUCUCCCCUGGCCUCCUCUGCGCUGGUCCUGGGCCAGGAAGACAAAAUGACAGUUUAUGGUGCCAAAACUACAGUGUGGUCUUCAGGGUUCAGGAACACAACCGUGAAGGUUUCUUAAAGGAACACUAACCUCGCAGUUCCCUGUUUCAAUGGGAAGAGGCUUUGUUUUUCUGGGUCUCUCAUGGUCUGCAGCUAUCACGGAGCCUCUGCUCACUGGAGACAGCCUCCUGUGCGACCGCUGCUCACUGAAGCCCCCAUGGUGGUCUAGGGUCUAUAGACUCAAGCACUGGGCUUCCUAACGAUGGAGUCAGUGCACUGGGCUCCAAACUUUGUGGCUCUGGAAGCCUGAAGAAGGGGUCCCCUCCAUCUGAGAGAUCUUCUCCCUGAGGUAAGCCAAGUGAGAGGAGAGAGAAAUAACCUUGGAGGACUUGUAUUUUCUGGCCUUGGUCCUUUGCUUCAUUGUUUCUGCAAAGGCCAGGGGCCGACAUCAGAACACUGUAGCCUGCAGCUCAUUCCGCGCCCUGCCCUGCCCCUCAGUUUCCACCUUGCAAGCCGGUCUUGCAUGGUUGCCUGUAAUAAGUGGGACCCUUACUGUGCCAUGAGCCUGGUGCCUGCUUCACUCGUUGACCUGUUCUGUUGCCAAUGACAGUAGUUUCCUUCAAAGGGACGGACGAUUUAACUGGCUCCUAUUUUUCCUUAGAGGACUCAAAUUCUUGUAACCAUUAAAAACAAUUAGGGGGAUGGGCGUGGUGGUGCACGACUUUACUUCCCGAACUCAGGAAGCAGAGGCAGGCAGAUCUCUGAGAUCAAGGCCAGACUGGUCUACAGAGAGUUACACAGAGAGAGCCUGACUUGAAGAAACAAAACAAAUGGGGGGUGGGGGAGUUGAGGUUUCUUUGAGACACCCCUGCCUCAUUGGAUCCUGUUGAAGCAAGGCUGCUGUGAAGGUAGGGCGGAGAAAUCUGGUCUGGGAGGGAGGGGCCUUGACCUGGAAAGUUGCCUCCAUAUCUCUAGUUCUGCAUAGAGCUUUGCGAGCAGGGAGUUGUCCCCGCAUUCAGCCUGGUUUUAAGGGACUUCCCGUGGUGGGCCAGGGCUGCUUCGAAAGAACAAUGAAAAUCUAGAGCUCACCCUUUUCCCAAAGAAGCAUCAUCAGCAAAUAAAUAUGGCGUAGCCUCCA